GUUGUGAUUGUGAUGACAGCAAGAAAUGUCAUUUAGUGACCGUUUAUGACAUCUGAUUGUGUGUCCACUCAUUCAUCUGACAUUUGAAUCUCACUCAAGACAUAGACUGAGUGAUAGUGUGGUGACAAUGGGGUCUAUAGUGGUGACCACAUUGUCUGUCUUCUUAGGCAUGUUCUUCGUGUUCAUGGGAUCAAUAAAACUGAAUCAACAAAUCAAUCGUGAGAUGCAUCGCGAGAUCCGAAGACAGUUUGUCCAGUACUCCAAAGUGGUUCCAAUGGUCGCCACUCUUGGCCUCAAAGUGUCGCCCAAAUUAUACCGACUCUUCAUCGGAUGGCUGGAACUGAUCGCUGGUCUGUCGAUGGCCUUCAUUCCCGGGCGCAUCAAACUGGUGGCCAAUGUCUUACUUCUUGGCGUCACUAUUGGUGGCAUUUAUACUCAUUUCAUGAUUGGAGACAAAUUCGAG